UACAGUGAGGGGAGCACCUGGAGUGGGCGGGGCCAAUCAGUGACACAUUCCCAGCCACAUACUCCGCACGUCACCCCGCAGGAACAGCCAAUGGCCUCCAACAUCGCCCUGGACUGAGCGCUGCACAUCAUGGAGCACAUCAGGCUGCCUAAGGUUGAAAACGUCCGUCUACUUGACCGAAUAUCUUCUAGGAAACCAGCAUUGGGUACAUUAUAUCUCACAGCAACCCAUGUUAUUUUUGUUGAAAACAUUUCAGAGACCCGCAAGGAAACAUGGAUUCUUCACAGCCAGAUCUCUUCUAUUGAAAAACAAGCUACCAAUGCAUCAGGCUGUCCUUUACUUCUCCGCUGCAAAAACUUCCAAGUUAUUCAGAUCAUCAUCCCCCAAGAGAGAGAUUGCCAUGACAUCUACGUAUCGCUAGCCAGAUUGUCACGACCAGUUAAAUAUGAAGAACUGUACUGCUUCUCCUUUAACCCCAAACUUGACAAGGCCGAGCGAGAGGAAGGCUGGAGGCUGAUUGACAUGAGUGAGGAGUACAGUAGAAUGGGGGUUCCCAAGAGCCUGUGGCAGCUCAGUGAUGUUAAUCGUGACUAUCGAGUUUGUGAUACAUACACGACUGAACUCUAUGUACCAAAAUCUGCUAGUGUGCCAAUCAUCGUUGGAAGCUCCAAGUUUCGCAGUCGUGGUCGUUUUCCUGUUCUCUCCUAUUUUUAUCAGGAUAAUGAUGCCUCUAUAUGUCGUAGUAGUCAGCCCCUGUCUGGCUUCAGUGCUCGCUGUCUUGAGGAUGAACAGAUGUUGCAGGCGAUAAAGAAAGCAAAUCCUGGCAGUGAUUUUGUCUAUGUAGUUGAUACCCGACCAAAACUAAAUGCCAUGGCAAACAGAGCAGCGGGGAAGGGCUAUGAGAAUGAAGACAAUUAUUCAGACAUCAAGUUUCAGUUUAUUGGCAUUGAGAACAUUCAUGUGAUGAGGAACAGUCUCCAGAAGAUGCUGGAAGUAUGUGAGCUUCGAUCACCAUCUAUGGGUGAAUUCCUGUGGGGCGUGGAAGCAUCUGGCUGGUUAAGGCAUAUCAAGACCAUACUCGAUGCUGGCAUCUUCAUUGCAAAGGCAGUGGCAGAGGAGGGGACCAGUGUGCUUGUGCACUGUUCUGAUGGGUGGGACCGCACAGCUCAGGUUUGCUCCGUUGCAAGCCUGCUCCUUGACCCAUAUUACAGAACCAUCAAAGGCUUUAUGGUAUUGAUUGAGAAGGAUUGGAUUUCGUUUGGUCAUAAAUUUAACCACAGGUAAUAUUGGAGUAAAGA